AUGCCAACUUUUAAAGUACAAGGCAAGGUAUAUCAUUUGGCUGGCAGUCUACUACCGAAUAGAUCUGACGAAUACAAAUUUUUGCAAAUAUACUUCAUUGUCGAUCUUGAAACUCAAGUGACAACUCGAUGUAACAUAGAUUCUAGGAAACUGUUAGACAGCUCUUUGAUCAGGUCAUUACAAGAUAUGUUGCACUCACGUAAUAUAUACAUACAAUCUUUUAAAACAGCCAUUAAAAGUGUCCCACCAAAUGUUCCCGAUUACAAUAUAGUCAUACACGCUAGCAGGGUACCAACAGGUGAACAUCGAGGACGUUAUAAUGCGCCAUCUACAAGCGAGGUAGCCGUAGUGAUAUCUGGCCAACAAUUUAAUAAACGAGAUAUUGUACUGUGUAGCCGAGACGAUAAUCUUAAAAAAAUAUCCGAAAUUCACAGGUCUUAUGACAGCCAGCAAUAUCCUCUAAAGUUAUGUCGUAGUGAAGAUGGAUAUUCUAUCGAUAUUCAUCAAAUUGACCUUCAUACUGGAGUUCCAUUACAAAAAACCGUUUCGUGUAUGAAUUAUUACUGUUAUCGCAUUAUGAAAAGACUAAACAAUUGUAAUAUGUUACUCAGAUAUGGUAUGUUGUUAAACCAAUAUUUAGUCGAUCAAUAUUCUAAAAUAGAAUUAGAACAUUUAGCGUACAUACGAAACAAUCAGACAACAUUACGAGCUGAAAAUUAUAUACAUUUGCAAGAUGCCUUGAACUCAAAUGAGCCGAGUACCGAAAUUGGACAAUUAGUAAUCCUACCAUCAUCAUUUACUGGUGGAUCACGAUAUAUUCACGAGACACAAGACGCAAUGACCUAUGUAAAAAAUUAUGGCAAACCUAACCUGUUUAUCACUGUAACAUGUAAUCCAAAUUGGGAAGAGAUUAAAACUAACCUUUAUCCUAACGCACAGCUGCAAGACAGAUAUGACAUAGUCAAUAGGGUGUUCCAUUUGAAAAUACAAAAACUAUUGACUCUCAUUAAUAAAGCUAAUAUAUUUGGUGAACCACGUUGUUUUAUGUAUACGGUCGAGUGGCAGAAACGUGGCUUACCACACAUUCAUCUUCUAUUAUGGCUUGAAAAUAAAAUAACACCAGACCAAAUUGACAAUGUGAUUUCAGCAGAGUUGCCAAACAAAGAAGAUGAUCCAUUAUUGUUCAACUCUGUAGUCAGACACAUGAUUCAUGGACCAUGUGGAGUUUUAAAUACAAAAUCUCCGUGUAUGACGGAGGGAAGGUACUCAAAAAAAUUUCCAAAAUUAUUUCAAAGUCACAUAUCAACUGGCGAUGAUGCUUACCUCAAAUAUCGGAGACUAUCACCUGAAGAAGGCGGACAAAUUGCUAUAAUUCGAAAUAAUGAUAUUGAUAACAGAGGUAGUGAUCAAGCUACAUUUAGUUUAGACAAUCGAAAUGAAGUGGAACAAUUUCAAUCUGGUCGAUACAUAUGUAGUUCUGAAGCGGUUUGGCACGAAUUUGCUAAAACCAUAACAUAUGACAAGGUUCCAAAUUUUUAUACUUGGAACCAAUCUAUCAACAAUUUCCAACGACGACAACGAGGAACCCCCGUCGAAAAUCAUUCUGGGGUAAAAAAAACUGAUACCCUUGGCAGAGUGUAUGUAGUUCAUCCGAAUAACAGUGAAUGUUUUUACUUAAGAAUUUUGCUCCACGUGAUCAAAGGUCCAAUUUCUUUUGCAAGUCUACGAACUGUGCAAGGAGUGACGUACGAUACAUUUCAAGAAGCAUGCAAAGUAAUGGGUUUGUUAGAAGAUGAUUUCCAAUGGGAAAACACAUUAUCUGAAGCUACUGUAUGUUAUAAGAUAUUUAUUUGCCAUUUUGAUAGUAUUUUGCCAAGUAACAGACUCGAUAAGGCUUUGGCAUAA